AUGCUCAUCGGCUUAUGUGGAGGCAUUUGCGCUGGCAAACAUGCGAUUGCUGACUACCUGAUUCAGCAAGGGUUUCAGCUUCUUGAACUCGCCGACACACCCCAAUACCACACCACCGAUUUAGAGGAUGACCUGCGACUGCAAGUGUCGGAGAUCCGAAAAAAAGACCCCAAGUCACCAGAGCUUAUAUUUCAAGAUGCCGACUCUCUACUCGACUUUGCGACAAAAAGAUGGCAAGAACGCUGGGUUACUACAGACAUUGCAGAUCCUACUACCCUAGAUCGAUUCCUCUUGCGCCCCUUCUUCCUCCUCGUGAGCGUGGAUGCGCCAAUCGGCCUCCGAUGGAAACGAUUUGCCGACAGAUGUUGGAGAAGACAAUUGGAUCCGCCUGAGCUUGAAAAGUUCAUAAUGUGGAACGAUCAUAAUCUUUACGAUCAGGAUACUGGACGUGUAUACUUGACCGACAAAGCUCAAUUGCGCCUAUUCAACUCCUCGACAGGCCUCAAAGAGUUACACUCGGCUUUACAAACCCUGGACCUGGAAAACGAACAACGGUUGAGGCCAAAUUGGGACCAGUAUUUCAUGCAGCUGGCCUCUCUUGCUGCCCGAAGAAGCAACUGCAUGAAAAGAAGAGUGGGAUGUGUGCUCGUUCGAGAGAGUCGUGUCAUCAGCACAGGAUACAAUGGGACGCCACGGCAUCUCCGGAACUGCAACCAAGGCGGAUGUCCACGGUGCAAUCGCGGGGAUGGAGGAGGAGUCGGCCUCUCAACCUGUCUUUGCCUUCACGCCGAAGAAAACGCGUUAUUGGAAGCAGGCCGAGAGCGGAUCCGAGAGGGGACGAUCCUCUACUGUGAUACAUGCCCUUGCUUGACAUGCACUGUUAAGAUAGCCCAAGUUGGAAUUUCGGAGGUCGUUUACUCUCAAGGGUACAACAUGGAUAGUGACAGUGCGGCUAUCUUACAAGAAGCAGGCGUACGGCUACGGCAAUUCCACCCGUCCAAUACCUUACCCGCUUCCAGCUGCGAUCACCAUUGUCCUUUUGGCCUAACCAUGCCUACCGUCCACUUGCUGGACUACGUGGCGGGGAACAUCCGCUCCCUGGUCAAUGCGAUUAACCAAGUCGGAUAUGAUGUCGAAUGGGUCAAAACCCCAGAGGAUGUGAAAAAUGCCGAUAAACUGAUACUCCCCGGUGUUGGCCAUUUUGGCCAUUGUCUCUCCCAACUUGACAAAGGAGGAUUUUUGGAGCCCAUCCGACAGCAUAUCGAAUCGGGGAAGCCUUUCAUGGGGAUCUGUGUUGGCCUGCAAGCCCUUUUCCAGGGCUCAGAGGAGGACAACGACGUUCCAGGGCUUGGCGUUAUUCCUAUGCGCAUUCAAAAAUUCAACGACACCUCGAAGAGUGUACCACACAUUGGAUGGAAUUCUGCAAUCAACACGGGAUCAGAUGGCACAAAACACGAAAGCUUUUAUGGUCUGAGGCCGACUAGCAAGUAUUAUUACGUCCACUCCUAUGCGGCCCCCUACAACCCGGGUGUAUUGGAAAGUGACGGCUGGUCUGUGGCUACAGCCACAUAUGGCGAGGAAGAGUUCAUCGGUGCUAUCAGUCGGGGUAACAUCUUUGGCGCCCAAUUUCACCCGGAGAAGAGUGGUGUGGCUGGGCUACGGGCCAUACGCGCAUUCUUAAAUGGCGAUCAAUUCCAGUCGCUCUCACAGGACCUGGUCACUGGCAAAGAAAAUGGGCUCACUCGUCGUGUUAUUGCUUGCCUUGAUGUUCGCACAAACGACUCUGGUGACUUGGUUGUCACCAAAGGUGACCAAUAUGAUGUCCGAGAGAAGAGUGGAACAGAUGCCGGCGGCAGCGUUCGCAAUCUCGGUAAGCCUGUUGACAUGGCUAAGAAAUAUUACGAACAAGGAGCAGAUGAAGUGACCUUUUUGAACAUCACCUCUUUCCGAAACUGCCCCAUUGCCGAUACUCCCAUGCUUGAAAUUCUGCGACGAACAUCAGAGACUGUCUUUGUGCCUUUGACCAUUGGUGGAGGAAUCAAAGAUACCGUCGACACUGAUGGCACCCAUGUCCCUGCUCUGGAUGUGGCAACGAUGUAUUUCAAGUCUGGAGCCGAUAAAGUCAGCAUUGGCUCCGAUUCUGUCUUUGCCGCUGAGGACUAUUACAACGCCGGUGAAAAGUUGAGUGGCAAAACCGCAAUCGAGACGAUAUCCAAGGCCUAUGGAAAGCAGGCUGUCGUGGUGAGUGUCGACCCCAAGCGGGUAUAUGUGGAUAAGCCAGAAGACACCCAUCACCAUACAAUUAAGACCGAGUUCCCCAACUCAACUGGGCAAAGCUACUGCUGGUACCAGUGCACCGUCAAAGGUGGCAGGGAAACUCGCGAUAUCGAUGUGCGGCAACUCGUGCAGGCUGUUGAGGCCAUGGGAGCUGGUGAAAUUCUUCUGAAUUGCAUCGAUAAAGAUGGAAGCAACAGUGGAUUUGAUCUGGAAUUGAUCAGAGAUGUCAAAGCUUCGAUCAAGAUUCCAGUCAUCGCUUCAAGCGGGGCUGGUGUACCUGCGCACUUUGCAGAGGUCUUCAACAAAACCACCACCGAUGCAGCAUUGGGAGCAGGAAUGUUCCACCGUGGUGAAUAUACCGUAACUCAAGUGAAAGACUACCUUCAAUCUGAGGGAUUCCUGGUCCGCCAAUUUGAGGCUGAGAUUUAA